AUGCAGCCUACAGGCGAAUUUCGUUCUUACGAGCUAGGAGAAGCCAGUGAGACUGCGAGAGCUGAAGAAUCAAGCGGUUUCUUCUUGAACGUGGAGAUGCAAGAUUCGGUGGCUGAAUCAAACGGUGCUGCAGCCUGGGGUCAAGAGCGCAGAGAGACAGUUAUGGGUGAACAGCAGCGACUUGAUGGGCUCGGCAAUGGUGGUGACCAGGAUAAUGCAAACUCAUUGGACGGUGCUGCUAUCGAAUUGGAGCCUAGGCGCUCGACAAACGAUCUCGAGCGCAUGGAUGUGAAUGAUGGGGGGAUUCAUUCAUCGACUCUUCCGAACGUGACUGCGCCUGAGAAAGAGCCGGUUCAGGGCCCUAUAGAGAAGAUGCAACUCGGAUUCGAAGGACAUGGACACGCCAAGUAUUCUGGUUUCGUCGAAGACAAGCAUGGGCAGGGUCAUCCGUCCUUGACUUCCAUCAAAGCAAUAGACUCUCGGCGUCAUGAAGAGACUGCCAAUCCAGGCUUCAAGGACCAAACGACAAUGGAUAUGGACGAGCUACAAGGUUACCAAACCCACAGCUUUGACUUUAUUCCACUCGAAUACUCCACUCCAGACAUCUCUACAUUGUUUGAGCCCUUCAGUACUCCUGCUUCAUACAACCCACGCUUCCAAAGCUACCCGCAACAACAGCCUUUUACCCAGCUCAACGAGUUCUCUUUCGACCCGAACUUUGAUCGUCAGCAGCAGCUCCAAGUACAAGUUGACAACAAGAAACGCCAGCUCGAGAAUGCAAAAAGAAUGUAUGAGCAGUAUCCACACCAGGGUCAACAAGCAAACAGUGACUUCAGCUUCUCUCAGAAUCAAGCAGAUGUUCCAGCUUCAAUUCUAACAGGACCAUUGAGCUACCAGCGAGCUCCUCAAAGCACAUAUCAAACUCUCCCGUUUGGAAACAGCAGCACAAACUAUCAGUCCCAGGGCCAGUCUGAGUUUUCAUACGGCCAAACGGCAUCAAAGCAGUCCCCUGCCUCGUACUCUGCGCAGAGCCACAAUUCAUCAAGCCAGGCAACCAAGUUCCACAGCCAGCCACAGGGUGUGCAGACCACACCAGAAGCUCCCGAGGAAGACACAAGAGAAGAGCCCUCAUCCGACGACGACGAACCCCUCCGAACCCGUCUAGCCCGCCACCCAUCCGCAGCCCCAUCUCCCCAUGCCCCCUCCCCCAUAAACUGGAAACUUCCCUCCUACGACAUCCACUUCUCCCCCUCCCCACCUCCCAAACUCAGCACUGCCUCUUCCUCUAGAGCCAAACCCACCAAAGACCCCUCCCUGCCCAUUGCGAAAAUCUCCCUACCAGGCUUAAUCCGCGAGCCCCUCGUCCUGUCCCCCGACCACGCCGCCCAAGAAUUAGCACUUCUUACGAAUAUCUUCUUACCGGGCCAGCAAGCGCUGUCGACACCCGACCCAGAGCCCGCGCUUGCGGUGCUGAAUUUCCACAGCAUUGCAAUGAUGGUUGUUGAAGCGUACGUGCAGUAUGAGAUUGGGGAUGAGAUGGGGCAGUCUGGUCCUUCCUCCUUCCCUAACCACUCCGCUUCUUCUUCUUCUUCUUCUUCCUCUGAUGACGACGACGACGAAGCCAAAGCAAAAGGUAAAGCCAAAGCAAAGAAAGAGGAGAAGGAGUACAUGCGCAUCCGCUGCGCCCGCACCGCAAACGUCGACGACAUCUUCUUCGCCGUCAUCGACCGGUGGCGCGCGGGCCUGGAAAGUAACAAGAAGUCGUUCAAGCUGAUACGUGGAAUACAGGAGUUUGUGGAUGUGGCGUUGGAUGUUAUUUUUUGGAUCAAGGAACACGGUUUGCUUCUUGAUGAAGAGGGAGGUGCAAAGGCAAAGGCAAAAGCAAACGACGACGUGAAGAAAGAAGAAGGCAUCUCGGUGCUAACGGCAAGGAAGAAAACAGCGCCCAAGGCCAAAGUUGAGAAGCCAAAGCCGAAGCCGAAGAAGAAUGAGGCGACGCCGAAGAAGAAGAGGAGGGUGCCUGUUACACCUGGUGUUACGGUUGUGAGGAAGAAGUGA